CGAAGCUCUUGCUGUUUCUGUCAUCAUUUCCAUUCAUUUCACUUUUACUAUUCGCAUUCGUCUUGUGUAGUAUUUCGUGCCGUGUACCGAUUUUAUUGUGAAUCGUCUUUAUCUUAUUGCGCAUGGUCGUUAAUUAAUUGCUGGCUAACAUGUUGUAAAUCGUGCAGUGCUGUGAUGUCAAUACUGUGAACACAGUGAAGUUCAAAGUGCAAGUUUUUCGUAAAUAAUUUAAGUUUGUGGCCGAUUGAGGUGCCAAACAUGUCUUUGGAGGAUAAAUUCAAUGCUGCGGUCAACGUCAUCCGCAGUCUGCCCAAAAGCGGAUCGUACCAGCCCAGCAAUGAGUUGAUGCUGAGGUUCUACAGCUACUUCAAACAGGCCACAGAAGGCCCAUGUGAUAAGCCAAAGCCAGGUUUCUGGGACGUUGUUAACAGAGCAAAAUGGGAGUCAUGGAACAAACUUGGAAAUAUGACCAAAGACGAAGCGAUGCAGGCGUACGUAGACGAAUUACACAAGAUAGUGGAGACGAUGUCAUACAGCUCUGACGUGGCGAACUUCCUCUGCGUGGACGAUGAUGAGCAAGGCUUCCCCAACAGGGAUCUGGCGCUGGUGGCGGGAGACGUGUUAACCAGGGUGCGCUCCGAGUUGAAUUCGCCGGCUGGUUCAAGAACGGACAGCGGCGCGUCGUCUCCGAUCCGCAGCGCGUCGCCGUCACGGAACCGUCACGACUCCGACGACGAGUUCAUUGACACGGUCGAUGUUAGUAUUAGCGAGCCGGAGCCGGCGCCGGCGCCCGCGCCGCAGCCCGCGAGACUCAGCAACGGUCACGCGCACCAGAUCACGUCGCAGCUCACACACCUAAAAGUUUUGGAGCAUCUGCCAGGAACACUAGCGCGAUUGGAAGCCGACGUAGCAGCUCUACGCAAGGCAGUCGAAGGCGACCGCCGGGCGCUCCAGCAGUCGUCUCAAUGGCGUUGGCCGUGGCAGGAACUCAGCACUCCUACACUGGCGUUGGUUCUGUUAUGGCCUUUCCUGGCUUAUGGGGUCGCACGUCGCUUCGCGCCGCAGCGAAACACGUAACGUUGGAUAUAGUCCACACAAAGCGUCACCACACCGCGCGUAUCCCAGAUACCCGCAGCGUGAAUCAAAUGAAAGGACUGUGGCAAUGUGUCUACGUCAUUCUUUAGUUAUACAAUAAUACUGGACAUUGGUAAAGUAUGAACACAGUAAAAGAGUCUUACAGAAAAUAAAUGAGUUUUUUAUGAGUGCCCGACGGUAAAUAUUGUACAGACAGCAUGUCAAGCUAAAUACUGUGUUAUACAGUUUUAUUCAGUUGUAUGAUGUGCUGUCGUCUCGACCUUUGGAAAGAGUCAGAUAAUUUUGGCUUCGUUUUUUUCACGACUUUUCUUCUAUCAAAACCAAACAAUAAAGUGCUGAGUUCUGAAUUCGAAUUAUGGUUAACGAUAACUCUAAACUUGCACGCGCAACAAAAGUUGAGGCUGUUGGCCUCAACUUUUGUUGCGCGUGCUUUCUUAUUCCAUCCAUUAUCAUGAAUAAUAUUAACUACUUAUUUAUCUCGUGAGUAUCUUGAGGCAACUUAAAAAAGUACAUUCUGUGUUUUUAUUAUUAUUUAGGCAGUUAAAUACUGCACAGUAUUUAGUACACCAUUUUCUUUAUUUUCUUCCAUCAUACAGAAGAAUACGCGUGCGUGAGUCAAUGUUCGCUCGUAUGUGAGGCCUUGUCGAAUAGUAUCCUGUAGGGGGCCAUCGUGCGUGUUUUGUUUUCGAUGUAAACUCGCGGAGAUGAACAGGCCUGGUUUAACGUAAACUCACACUACGCCCCCUGACACAAAUAAUUGCUUGUGUUGAUCGCCUCAACUCUUUUUGUGCCACCUAUAGUAAUUUGUAGACCAUGGAAAUUAGCAUUCGUUUGUAUUCGGAAAUGCGAUGAUUGCCGAUGUGAUACAUUUACCGCCGGGCACUAAAUAAUCUUAUUUGAAAGAUUACAUAAAAACAUUUUUUGUAUGCUAGCUCUUUUAACCUAUAUUAUUUUUGUUAUUAAAUCCCCUAAAGUCAUCUUUCCACGAUUGAUUUUGACGUUUAUGUCACUAUUAUAAAGUACAAAAUUAAUUGAGCUAAUGUGAAAAUUCAUUACGAAAUUCCUCAAAAAGGAUUAUCAAACUUAUUGCUGUAUUUUAAAGUCUAAAAUCAAUUGCGGAAAGUUUUUUAGUGACUUGAUGUGCUGGUAAAAUCACUAGGGAAUUAAAACACAUUGUCACAUUAUAUUGUAACAUUUGGGUCGGGUGUACAACGUUCUCAGACUUACGGCUAUGUAAUAAAGUUUAUUUUACCAUGAUUACCUUAUCAGUCAGGCGAUUUAGAACCUUAAAUGUAUGGUGCAGUCAGCGUCCAAUAGUUUGUGACACCCAAAGGAGCCAAAAAGUUCGCAACACGUCUUUAUUACGAUAGAAAUAAGGGACAAACUUAACCUUCACUGGUUGGGUUUUUAUUGGCGGUCAAGCUGUAGAUCCUGGCUACACAGGAGUUGCAGCGGUGGGAACGAGAGGUGGGAAUAAAGUUGUGUUGUCAAAAUUUAACCACUUUGGGUGUCACGAACAAUUUGACGCUGAGUGUACGAUUUGCCUUGGCAAUCGAUUUAAUAUCGAACGGUUCUGAAAAGUCAUACCUAUAUGUUUUAAAGUCUUCAACGUUACCAUACUUAUAGUCAGUUCGUACUUGUUAAGUUCACAUAAAGCUGGAUUCAUAUUUAUAAUACGUGUCGUGUUUUGAUAAUUCGAAAGAAACAAAAGUGAAAUGAAGCUGUCAAUGAGGGAUUCUUUAAUUGCGUUCAGCACUUGGCGCCACUAGCGAGUAAUAAGACUUUACUCUCAACAGUGGCGCCAACUUGGUGAUUAAAAUGCGAUAGUCCUAUGGCUUCAGCGCUCACCAGUUGACGUCACUUUCUUAGCCACAAGCAAUGACAGGACCUUACUUGUCCGUGGCGCCAACUGGUCAACACAAUUUAAGAAACUCUUAUUGUUAAGAUAACAAUUCUAUUAUUUCGUGGUUUUAGGGAGUGCACUGGCUAGAAAUAUCAACCUAUCUCCGCCCGAUAGUAUGUAACGUACCACGACACGGCAUAUAGGUGUGUACCCAGCUUUACCCUUAGGCCGUAAGUCUGUAAUAAUUUUGCAUUUUGUAUUGCGGGUGCGAGUUAAUGUAAAGGUAUUGGUUUAUUUUUAAGACAAACGUAGAAUUCACAUUUUUAAUUUAAUAUUUUGGGACUAAUUUUUAAUUUAUUGAUAAACUUUGAUAACUUUGAAGGGACACUGGUACUCAAAAGUAUAUUCUUUCACUAAUCCAAUGUUAAUAUCAGAUUUAAAAAAUUAUGUCGGCCUUUUUAUAAAAUUUGGUCGUUUUCACCACCAAUCCCUAAUGUUUAAGUGACUCCUAUGAAAACAAACUUCCUGUGUGUUACCAUAGGAUGAUAGGAGUCACUUAAAAAUUAGGGAUUUAUGGUGAAAACGGGCCUAACAGUUGCAUUUAAUUUUGAAAUCUACCAGUUAAAAAGUUGUUAAGGAGUUAACAACCAUCAGGAUAUGUUCAAAUUACAAACAAAAAUAAAAGUCCUUAAAAAGAUCGUUUCAUCAUAGGGUCCAUAAAAACAAUCUAUAGUCCGGUCGCCGAGCACGUAGAAUUUCGUCCAAUGACCCCAAGCUACCCAUCCUUAUCGCUCGCGCGCAUAUUGCUGUUGCGACUGUGCGACGGGCGGCAGCAGUGAGUGUGCGAGGGGUCAUUGGACGAAAUGCUACGUGCUCGGCGACCGGGCUUUAUAAAAUGCUCAUAUUUUAUGACUGCAAGCCCGUGUCAUCAUCAGAUCAUUUAGUCUCCAUUGCAGGAGCACGACCCUCUCUUAUUUACCAGAGGCAAAUUGAGCCCAAUAGUCGUGAUAUUAAGUUUAUUAAUUUUUCAUUCCGAAUGUAAUGUAUAAUUUUACAGAUUAAUCUGUAUACAAUAUUUUAUUUCACAAAAAAUAUUUACCCGUAUAUUUUUGUGGGAAUUGCUAUAAGAAUAAAAUAAAAAUAUGAAUUCUAAUAUAAUUUAUUUAAGCCUGUCGCGUUAGCUCGACUAUUCGUAGACUUUUGAAAUUAUAGGUCGAGCUCUUAACUGAGUCAGUGCCUGAUAUGUGAGGGUGUUUUUGCGAUGUCAAACGUCAGCAUGACUAUUCUUAUUAUUAUUCUGUUUAAUGGCUUCAAAAAGUGCUUCAGAGGGCCUAGUGUGAGUUUUUGUAAUGUAAACUCACACUCAGCCCACAGAUUUGUAUGCUCUGUCACGCACGACAUAAUAAAUAUCCUUGGACAUUUUUUUACACUGCGCCGCUAGCCCCAAACUAAGUAAUGCUUGUACUAUGGGUACUAGACAACAGAUAUAAACAUUUUUAAAUACCUUUUUUUUUAAAUACAUACAUAUUAUACAUAGAAAACACCCAAACCCGUCACAGAAAUUAAAAUUCAUCAUUUCAAUUUCUGCCCGGCAGGGAAUCGAACCCGGGACCUCUCGGCAUAGUAGUCCGUUCUGAACCACUACACCAAACGGCCGACUAAAUAAUAUGUCAAUGUUACCCCUCCCGUGCCGCUCCUACCUCAGGCAACAACUCAGUUAAACGCGAGACCUAUAGACGUUUCGAUUCGCCGACCUAACGGAUCCAGGCUUAAUAUUUGAAGUUUCGUUGACCUGUCAUAUCGUUACCUAUAAUUUUUAAUCUUAAUUUAAAAUUAAUAUUUUCAUAUACAAAUUAUUUUCGUUUUAAUAUAUUAGUGGCAAAUGUAGGUGAUGUUAUAUGUUAUGUUUGUGAUAUAUAGAUGUAAAUAUUUAGUUGGGGUUUUAUUUACAAAUAUUUAAGGAUUUUCUUAGAAAUCGUCACAAAAGCGUGCGUGGCUUUCUCACUAAAGUUAUUCACAUAGCUGCGACGUUUUAUUAUGGACACCACUCGUGCCGUUUACAAAUUCUAGUUUAGUUCUGAUGUCGACCAAUAGAUGGCGUUGUCCACUUUUAAAUCGCGAUAUUAUUUGUUGGGAACUUUGGAACACGAUUGUAAAAAUUUAAAAACGAUCACAAAAAUCAUAACGUGCUACAAUAAUGGUUACCAAGUUCUAGUAAGCACCUAAUUUUGCCUACUCCUAAAUAGUGGAUAGAAUAUAAAAGCUCAGACAGAUGCUCCAGGUUUCAACCGUCAUCUUUAUUAUGCCUAAAAUUUACGAACAGCUGACAAGUAGAACAUUUUCAUUGUAAGAGGGAUUUAAGUCCAAACAAAUUAGCACGUAAAGAUAAAUCCUAAAAACGGAUUACUAAUGUUUGGCCAAAAAACGUUUCCCAAAUUAUCACAUCGCAAACAACGUUUCGCAAAUUUUCAUUUGGCAAAUUCUUAUUUGGCAAAACAACUUAUUGCAAACUUUUAAUUCGCAAAUGUCGUUUUUGGCAUAUUAUUGUUUAGCAAAUUAUUGUUUGGCAAAGUAUGUUUUGCCAAAUGUUUCAUUUGGCAAAAAUAUUUCACGAUAAACUAUUUACAAAACAAUUUGAUUGGUGCAUAGAAUGGAAUACAAAUUAGCUUGUGGUUAUUAUUUUGUUUCGUGGGUAGGUAGUUAAUAUGUAUAAAAUUUGUUCUAAAUUAGGUAAUUUUCAUAUUUCAUUCUUUUUAUCGAAAUUUCCAAAUUAUUCAUUAACAAUAGAGGUGAGUCUAGCGCUCGGCGGCCGCUGCCGCGGCACGCUUCGCUCGCCUUCGCGCGUUAAGGGUCACUGUUCUAACCUAACCUAACCUACUAUUUUCUGCAAUACCUACUUUCUGCAACCAUACUGUUUUCUGCAAUCUCUUUGUUUUACAUAAAAUUCUUGUGAAAACCACGAUCAUGUGCCUUAUGCUUUGAUUUGUGGGUAACGGUGGGUAUGUGAAGUGUCAAUUUGACCAAACAAAUUAUUUGGGAUAUAAUAUUUGGCAAAAUAAAACAUUUGCUAUACAAACAUUUGCCAAGUAAAAUUUUGCCAAAUGAUAAUUUGACCAAAUGAAUUAGUUGCGAAAAGUACAUUUGCUAAAAGUUCAUUUGGGAAAUGAAACUUUGGCGAUAAGUUGUUUGCGAAGUGAAAUUUGGCGAAAAGUAAUUUGGCCAAACGGAAGGAUACCCCUAAAAACUAACCGUAAGGCUUGGUUUCCACCAAGGCUAGGCAGAGCGGAGAUGUGGUUUGAGUAAUAAUAUUCCAUUAUUUCCACAUCUCUCCGCUCUACGCCGCUGUCAAAUUCCAUAGAAAAUGUCCACUUGACACAACUCUCUUCUCCGCUCCGCUCUGCCUUGGUGCAAACCGGGCUUUAGUUGUAUUGCUAUUAUUUUAAGGGUGGAUUCGACCAAACAAGAGUAAAUAUUAAUCUCAGAAUAAAUCGUUAGUUAUUCGACAUUUUGACAUAUUUCCCCUACUGAAACUGUCAAUGUGCCAGUUAUACCAGGAGCUAUUCUCAGAUAAAAGUUUGGUCGAAUCGGGCCUUAAUGUUUAAUAAUUAAAAAGGGCUGUUAGUAGUAAGAAUCGUUGAAGGAUAGUUGUGUGGGAGUCGCUACGCGUAUUUACCUAUUUGUUACUUAUAAUUAUGAAAUAAAAGGGAUUUUUUACUGA